AUGGAUGACUGUGUUAUUGAGAAUGCAACAAUUACCAUUCAGAACCCGAAUUGUGGGAAUCCUGACGGAGAGGGGAUGCGGGAACUGGGAAAUGCUGGACAAGUUCUAGUAAGAGUGGAACUCGAUUUGGCUUACUCCUCUGAGAAGUUGUUAAACCUGGACGUGCUUUUGAUGCAUGUGGCUGCAAGGGAAAGUGACUUUGAAGCUAUAACUGUAGAGGGUGACGAUGUGUUGGCGGAUUCUGUUGAGAAGGCAAUGGAAUUCAAUCUUUUAUCUGGAGUGUUAGAUUCAGAGGUAAAGGAGCUGGAUAAUUUCAUGGAAUGUCUUGAAAGAGAAAUUGUGGAUGCCCGUCAGAAAAUAUCUUCAUGCAAACACUUGCGAGAUGCUUUCCCAGAAAUGGAAGAGAAGUUUCGAGACUCAGAAGAAUCUUUGAAGCAGUCAAAAAACCAGGUCUCUGAGUUGAGGAUGCACUCUGCCAAGUUUCAGAGGACUUUGUUAGCAUAUAGCGGACAGGAAAAUUGGAAUGAUGGAAAGGGUGCAUAUUUUUCUGAAAGCAAUCAAUUUUCAAGCAGGAAUGCCAAUUUGAAAAUGCAGACUGCUGAACAACAAAGACAUAUUCUGAGAAUGCUGGAGAAAUCUUUGGGAAGGGAGCUAGAUCUUGAAAAGAAGCUACCCGAAUCAAGGCAAAAUGAAGAAGAGCUGAAAUUAAAGCUACACUCUAUGGAACAGGAAGUAUUCUGCAUGGGAGAAGCUGAAGAGAUUGUUUGGGUGAGAUUACUUGAAGCAGAAAAUACUGCUGAGGUACUGAUGGGAAUUUCAAAAGAAAUGAUGGGUCGACUCCUCACCAUUCAGUUUAAUCUAAAUAGUUUAAUUCAACGAGAAAAUGAGAUAAAUUUUAAACUAAAGGACUCCAUGGAACGGCUGAGUGCUAAAGAAAGCGCUUUUCAGAAGCUUGAAUCCAGCAGUAGAGAACUUGACAACUUCCUUCUAGAUCAGACAACCAGCUUAAAAGCCAGCCUGAAGGAAGCUGAAGAUAAAUACAUUCUUGCAAAUUCUGAGGCCUUCACUCUAAGGGAAAAGGUGAAUUUACUUGACGAGCAGCAGAAAGAAAAUGAGCUUAAGAUACAGAAUGCAAAAGUUUCCUUGGAGGCAAGUCAGGAGAAGAAUAGUGUUUUAAAUUCUGAAAUAGGUAAAAUGGAAAAUGUAAUUAAGGAUCUGAAAAAAUAUAUUUCUGAAGCUGAAAGUAAAGUAGAGAGUGCUGAGGCCAAGUGUGUGCUGUUUUCACAGACUAACUUGGAACUUAACCAGGAGCUGAAUCAUCUUAAGAGCACUGGCAGUAACACGGAGAAGAUAAAUUUUCUCGAGAAGCAGCUGAGGGAAGCUGAUAUUCAACUACAACAUGCAAACGCAUCUGCUGAAGCAAGUCAGGAGCAGCAGAAUAUGUUGUAUUCUGCAAUAGAAGAUAUGGAAAACUUAAUUGGGGAUAUGAAAUCAAAAGUUUCAAAAGCCGGAAGUAGGGCAGAGAGUGCAGAAGCAAAGUGCAUUCAGUUAACUGAAACUAACAUGAAACUUAACGAGGAAUUGAAUUUUCAGAGGGGUAGAAUUGAAUCCUUGGAGUCAUCUUUGCAUAAAGAUGAUAAUACAAAAGUAGCUACUGCAAAGGACAUUAGCAUUAGGACCAAAGUAAUCACGGAUCUGGUCAUGCAACUCGCAAAGGAAAGGGAGCGUGUCCAGAAGCAGAUAUCUUCAUUAACAAAUGAGAACAAAAAUUUGGUGAAGUUAUUGCGGACUCAAGGUAUUUCUGUAACUACGAGCAACCGAGGGAAUGGAGCUAAUAAACCUCCGGUUUCUGCGGAUGAUUUGAUUUCCACAAGUUCUAUUAAAGUAUCAAAAGAAGAAGUUAUGGAUUCUUCUGCUACUGGUUUCCAGGUAAAUGAGUCACUAAAAGAGGAACCCAUUGGUGUGACUCAUGUAGAACCAGCCAUUUCUGCAAAUGAGGCCAUCACUGAGGAAUUCAAGUCUGAGACUGUGAGAACAAUAGAGGCAGGGGAGCUAAACUCAAAGCAUCUUUUGGGGGCAAUUCUUGCCUUAAUUGUUUCAUUGACAGCUGUUUAUCUAUUUCGACAAGAAACCCUUUGGCCAAAUAGCAACUAAUCAGGUAUUUCAUGAGUGCUGAUUGUGGCAUGAGAUGUCAGUUUUAUGGAUAAUGUUGUUAUAUAGAUCAUUGUUAGCCUUA